AUGUCUGGCUUCCUCCCAAGUAUCGAGAGCUUCGCCAAAGGCGCGACCGCGACUGCUGCUGGCAUUGGCACCGUUGGUGUUGGCCUCCUCUUCUUCGGCCAAAACUACCUCAUCUACCCCUCCGCUUUUCCGCCUGGUUCCCGCACAGAGGUUCCGGUACCCACCGACUUCGACCUCCCCUAUGAAGAUCUCAUUCUUACCACUCCCGACAAUGUCAAGCUGCGCUGCUAUCUCCUUACGCAGCGUAAAGAGCUUCCCAAUCACGGAGUGCAGCCGCUUGAGGUGGAGGACGAUGAGUCUAACGAAGAGGUACGCAUAUACUCAUUUUCCGCGAAGAGGCCUACUGUCAUCAUGUUUCACGGAAAUGGCGGGAACGUAGGCCAUCGCAUACCGCUUGCCAAAGUGUUCUACGUCCGCAUGCGGUGCAACGUCCUUAUGCUCUCCUAUCGCGGAUAUGGUCUUUCCGAGGGAAAUCCGUCCGAAAAGGGUAUUCGGAUAGACGCGCAAUGCGCACUCGAUCACAUCUUGCAUCACCCACAGCUGUCUCGGACGCCAAUCUUUCUCUACGGCCAGUCCAUCGGUGGCGCCGUGGCGAUCGACCUCGCGACUCGAAACAAGCAUAUCAUGCGGGGACUCAUCCUCGAAAACACGUUUUUGUCGCUGCCCCAGCUAGUGCCCUCCGCGAUGCCCGUGCUCGGGCCCUUCGCGUUUCUCUGCCACCAGAAGUGGGACUCAGCGUCGAAGGUCCCGCUCAUCCCGGCGGAGACCCCGAUGCUCCUGCUCAGUGGCACGCGUGACGAGGUCGUCCCGCCCGAGCACAUGAAGGGCCUCUGGGAGCUCGUCCAGCUUCGCAUCCCGGGCGGGUACCGGGAAGGCCAGUUCGUGCCUCCCGUGCCCCCACCUCCGACCGAAGGCGCCGAUGCCGCGAAGGACGAGAGCGCGAAGACGCAGGGGAAGAGCGACGGCUACUCGCGGUUCGUCGAGUUCGAUUGGGGCUCGCACAACGACACGUGCACGCAGCCUGGGUACUGGACGAGCGUCUCGUCGUUCGUGAAGACGGUAGUGAAGGCGCCGCCUCCACCACCGACGAAGGACUGA